GCGCUAGAACAAUACAUGUAAAAUUCCGGCGUCAAAAUCCAACGAAGAAGAGAUUUUACAGCAGGAAGUCUUUUCUUGAAGUUCCGGUGACUUCUCUUGAGCAUCUGCGCGGCGUUCGUAUCAGGCUGCAGCUAGUAGGAUCAGUUUUGUCUGUUUUUUUGAUAAACGUGUUCAAAAUGUCGGACACCACAAGACUUGGAGAGUUUAAAACCUUUUUGACUGAACACUUUACCACGCUGGCGGUGGAGGUGUUUACCGAGGUGGAGAACAUUGUGGGGGCGUGCUUUGAGGAAAACAAACGGCUGAGGAGCAUGCUGCACAUGGUGCUUAGCCCCGAGAUAAAGUUACACAAGAUAGAUGUUACUCCAUACACUGAACCAAGUAUCAGGGAGGAACCUGCAGAGCCAAAUACAAGGUCAGCCAAUGAAAUAUCAGAGCCGAUGAUGAAAAGACCUAAAGAGGAGGAGACUGAAUAUGAUAUUCAGUGGGGUUCAGAAAAACUCUGGCCAGACAAAAUGGACAACAGUGAUUUACUUGACUGUGUGAAAAGUGAAGAACAAGAAGCCUACCAGUCGCCCGUCUCUAACUCAUUUACCGUUCAAGUGGUUGAGUACAAUCAGGACUCUUCAAUCACCGUCUCGACUCAUGAUGCAGGAGCUGAACAAGAUGAUUCUUUCUCUGUGUCGUCAGAUGAAACCCUGUCCUCUUCAUCUUUACAGACUAACAUUGACUCAAGCAGCAGCCAAAAACAUCAAACAAAUCCUGAAACUUCAAUCACAAGCAUGUCAAAAAGAAUAGAGGAAGAGAAGACAAAAAAGUACAUUGAAAGUGUCAUCAACAUGAUAAUGGAUGGCAAUUCAAGUGACAUGGAGCAUUUAGGAGAAGAUGAGGAGGAGUGGAKUCCUCAGGCCAUACGCGACGAUGGAUGUUUAGAUAGCAGUGAUGAAAGUGUAGCCCAGACAGGCAUGGAAGUUGAGGUGCCAACAAGAAGUCUGGACAUGAUCAGAAAUGAGUCAGUGAUGGGRGAUGCAAAAAGCAAAGAAUGCAGAUGGAGAAAUCUUGAGUAUCAAACUCCAUCUGUUGAUUUCAUUGCAUGUGAUGAGGAAGGCACAGAGAAUUGGUGUGACAUGACACCAUACAUGUACUUUAAACAGUUUGUCACUGAUGAAAUGCUACAGGAAACUGCAGAACAAACAAACAUGUACAGUGUGCAAAAAGAGGGCAAGUCCGUAAACACAACUGCCAAAGAAAUAGAGCAGGUUCUAGGCAUGUACAUGCACAUGGGGCUAGUACAGAUGCCCUGUGCAAGAGCCUACUGGGAGAUGGAGACAAAGCUCCCUGCAGUUUGCGAUGUGAUGCCUCGAGAUCGGUUCCUGAAACUGCUGACACUGAUUCACUUUCAGAACAACCUGAAUGCAUCUAACGAUGCAGAAGCAGACAAGCUGUGGAAGCUCAGGCCGUGGUUACAAAAACUGCGAGAACAGUUUCUCUGCAUACCCCCAGAGGAAUGCCAUGCAGUUUAUGAAAUGAUGGUGCCAUUCAAGGAAAAGUCUCAUGUAUGUGUCCACAAGCCUGAAAAACUACACAAACUGGGUUUUAAAAUGUGGGGACGUGUUGGACAAAGUGGCUUUCUUUAUGACUUCGAUAUUUUUCAAGGUUCAGAAUAUCCAAAGAGAGAAGAGUCUGAAUUUGGUGUCGCAGGAGAAAUUGUGCUGAAGUUGACUUCAACACUUUCGGCAGGAAGGAAUCACAAAGUCUUUGCGGACAACUGCUUUACAUCAGUUCCCCUGGUCSAACACUUGAAAGAGAGAGGAAUCCACUAUGUUGGCACAAUUGACAUGAACGAGAUGAAGAACUGCACCAUGAAGGAUGAAAACGAAUUGAAGGAAAGUGGAAGAGGAUCAAUGGACUUCACAGUAAACCUGGACAACAUCAUUGUGAGAUGGUAUGAUGACAAAGCAGUGAACCUGAUCUCCUCUUAUGUUGGCAUUGAACCUGUGGGAAACGUGAAAUGCUGGGAUUGCAAAUCCAAAAUGCAUGUAAUGGUUCCCAGACCAGCCAUUGUUGAAACAUAUAACAAGUUCAUGGAAAGCAUUGAUCUUUUUGAUAGUCUGUCUUCACUUUACAAGUUCAGCUUCAGAUCCCGAAGAUGGUACAUGCACAUCUGGUGGCACACUGUUACCGUAGCAGUCAUCAAUGCUUGGAACGUGUACAGUAGAGAUCAGAAGAAGCUACAACCCAACAGGAAAUCUAUGACUCUACGAAGGUUUCAAGCUUUAGUUGGCACUUCUCUCACAAGCGCAGGAAAGGUCAAGUGUGACAGAUCACUAUUCUCUCCAGAAGCAACUCCAGCACCACCCCGUAAAAGGCCAAGCUGCAGUGUGCCUCUUGAUGUGAGAGAAGAUGGCGUAGAUCAUUUUCCAACAUGGGAAACACGACAGAGAUGCAAGUACUGCAUAGGGAAUCACUUUUCACAUGUCUUCUGUGUGAAAUGUAAGGUGCAUCUUUGCCUGAACAAGGACAGAAACUGUUUUUAUGCCUACCACAAAGUGAAAUAUUCAUUUCACUUUGUCUGAAAAGGUUUUUGUAUAGGAAAACUUCUAGAAAUAUUUUAUAAUUUUUAAAUGUUCUUAGCAAAAUUUGUUUUUGGAUCUAAAAUUAAUCUUGUGAUUUAAAAUAUGCAUCAUACGUGUCUUAUGUGUGAUACAAAUCAAAUGUAACAAAAUGAAAUGGGCAGUUUUUAUAUAUUUUAAAGACCGUGUAAAGUAAAAUGUAACAUUUUCUUUUUUUAAACGUUAUGCCAUAAAUGGAUUAUUGUAAAUGAGUACAAAUUCUCUCAACUAUAGAUUUUUGGAUAGUGGAGAUAUGAUUCAAUUUGUGUAACAAGAUAUCUGUGUUUCAGGAUUUUUUUGGGCGUGUCUUAAAGGGCAGCCUCGUGAUGUCACGCAGCUGCCUUCAGUAUAACCCCGCCCCCUGUUGCUCUAAUGGAAAAGAAAACAAACAUUGUUUCCUCAGUUACAGGAAUGUUCAGGGUCGUGGGCGUGGUUUGAACUCCUCCAGUGGACACGCCCCCAGCAUUCCAGACCACAGCUAACUGAUAUUUUUUCAUUACUUUUAACACAUAAUUUUAUAAGGUUAACAGUAUUUUUAAUUGUUCAAACUUGGCUGGGUGAUUUUUGACAUUUCUGUGGUGUGAUAACCUCAGAACACAUUUAUUUUUACUUUACUCGGUCUUUAAAGGUUUAAACAUCUCAGUUUAAAUAUAGGUAUAAUUUUCUGA